AUGCUCCUCCCCUCUCUGCCCCAGCCGUCGUCUCUGCCUCCACGAGAAUGCCUCAACUUUCUGUUCUUCUUGGAUGAAAUAGGUGCAAUGAAUGGCUUUGCAGCAAUAGCAGCCCGUGAUGAAAAAGCAAGCGGAUCGGAGUGCAGAAAACGUAGCGUGACCAUCAUGGGGUCCGUUGCAUCGUCUGAUGAUAUUCAGGAAAUCGCUUGGGACACACACGAGGCGUGCGCUGUGCCACGAUACCCAAAUCGGGACGACUUCACCGAUGAAAUGGGAGAAGCACCGCGUGUCGCGCAUUUGCAUGUGGGCGAUGCAGCGGCAUGGGAUCGGCCCGGGGAUGCAUAUACCGACUGGUCUCCGGAUAGUGGGAUGAUCAACGUAAGUCCGCUACGGUUACAGAUGAACGACACACACGCAUUCCACGAGCGGAUAUCGUGCCACACCAUCGAGGAGGUCUCCAGUGUUCUUUCCGUUGAGGAAAAAGUGCCCCUAAACGCAGAAGUGGCAGCAGCGAGGGCGAUGAAACUUUUUCUCUCCUCUGCGCAGUUUCUUCGGGCGUAUCAACACCUGAAAAGCAUUGUACAGCAGCGAACAUAUCGGUGCUACUACAUUAAGUGGUUAGAGUCACGGAUGCGACAACCUAAGAGAUCUGCAUCGACGCAAACGACACUGCGGGAAAAGCGGUGUUCACCCAGCAUGACAAGUUCUCUUACUGAGUGGGAGGUGCCCACUGCGGAAAGGGAUGCCCCGUCGACGCGUCCGCCUUCGAGCUCAUCGGAAUUCCCCAAUGAGUACUACUCAGGGAGGGAUGGAUUCGGUGGCCCCACGCCACAUAACCAGCGGGACCAGCCCUCCGCGCCUACGCCAACCCAUCCUUUCAUGCUAGUCAACGGCACCCAUACCUCCACUUCUGAGCCACCAUCGCCUUCAACGCUGAGGUCCAGGAGCAGGCCCCACCUUCUGCAGGACUAUGGGCAACAAUCGCCAUCCCCACAACGUGGUGCCGCGCAGGACGAUGACCUCCCAUGCACACAACUCCCACACCUCACCCACUUCGGCCGAAAUGUCACCGUUCUUGAUCCACAAAACAACAACGUAAGGCCUGAUGUCGUCUGGUAUAGAUGA